CAUGCAACUUAUAAAAUGCUAAAUUUAUACGGAUAUAUUCUUAGCGUAAUGGGUAAUACGGAAUUUGGGAGGAAAUCUAAGGAAUUUCGUCGCAUCCAGAAAUCCAAGUGAGAAAUCCAGACGACGGUAAUCGAAGACUGGAAGUAUGGCUGCUCCACCAACUCGUGAUCGAACGGGUACUUUGAGAUCAAAUCCCGCAUUUCAAGGCGAUAGUAUUCUUUUUCAUGGAUCUAAAAUCCCAACAGAAGUUCGAAAAAUGGUACCAUACCUUACUAGCCUAAAGGUGGAAAAGUUCAAGAAGCUUUUAGAAGUAGUCCAACAUUCUCUUGAAAAUUAUGAAGUUGAUCAGGACAUACUGUGUAGUUUGAGAGAUAAAAAUAUUUCUGAGGGUUCUGUUCUACAAAUAUUUUCUGGAUUACAUAAAAUCAUGAAAGCAACAUUAAGACUGACACUAACAUCAAUAAAGCAAGAAACCUAUAAAGCUGAAUUAUUAUCCUACAAAAUUCCUGAAAACUUUGUUAAUGAAAUCAUUGUGAAUGUAUUCAAGAGCCAUACUAGGGUUGAAACUGGUGUAUUAAGCAAUAGGAUAAGAUUGCCAGGGCUGCAAUCUUUGAAAUGGAGAGUAGAUGUGACAAUAUCGACCAGCUCACUUAAUCGAGUGCUGGUGCCAACAGUCUUUAUGGAGGUGAAAACAAGUGAUGGCAGUAUAAAAUCGUUUGAGGUCUCCCUGUCAAAAUUUAAUGAACUGGAGUAUGAUGUAGCUUACCUGUUGAAAGAAAUGGAAGACUUAGAAAAACGUAAUAUUUUAAAAAUCGAAGAUUAGGAAUGGUUUCGUCCAUGCUUCGUUCGCCUUUGUAAUGGAAAUAAUUUUAUCAAUAUGUAAUGCUAUAAUACAUGGGUUGUAAUCAAAACCUUCGCAGGCAAGGAAAAUACUAUUUCGUGUGUGGUCACUGUGGAAACAGCACCAUUAAUUAAUAAUUUUUAAUUACACAAUGUAUAUUAUAAUAAGUACGUUGCGAAUUUCUAAUUAGAAUUAGAACCUUUGGAGUACAACCCAAAAGG